CAAUUAUGACAUUGUCAUCAACUGAAGACUUGCAACAGUUUACCACCAGUGAUGGGGUAAAAAUUAGUUAUGUUGUGCAAGGGAGUGGACGUCCUAUUGUGCUUCUGCACGGCUGGUCUGGAAGUCAUAAGAGUUUUUCAAAGAACGUUCCUGUUUUGUCUCAGAGUUUUAAAGUAAUCGCACCAGACCUUCGUGGGCACGGUGCUUCAGAUAAACCCAAACAUGGUUUUCACGUGGCAAGAUUGGCAGCUGAUCUGAACGAGUUGUUGGAUCACUUGUCCAUUGAUAAGGAUGGAUCCAAGUCGGGACUUGUUGUCUUGGGUUGCUCGUUAGGUGCUGCUGUUAUUUGGUCUUUUGUAGAGUUGUUUAGUUGUAAGCGGCUUGGAGCUGGAAUAUUUGUGGAUCAAUCUCCGUAUCAGUUACAGUCUUUUGAUGGUUCCUGGAAACUUGGGUCAAAGACUCUUCCCGAUUAUGCCUCCCUGGUUCAUCUACAGGCAGCCUUAAAAAUGCAGCCGGACGCAGUAUUUAGCCAAAUGAUACAUGACUGCUUGUUCCGUGAGCCAAGUAAGAAAGAAAUGGAAUACUUUGUUUCGAUAUCCAAAGAAGCAGAUGCAUACUUUUUGGGCAAGUUGAUGGAAGAUCAUGCACAGCUGGACUGGAGGUCGACUUUACCUCUGUUGCAGUGUCCUUGUCUAGUGAUAUAUGGUGUACAAAGUAAAAUAUUUCCAGAGGACGCAGCCUUAUAUCUCGCUGACAAGUUACCUCGAAAAAUGCUUCAAGAGUUCAAGUUUGCAGGACACUGGCCUUAUUAUGAAAUGCCAGAAAGAUUUAACGAUGUCGUCAAUGACUUUAUCCGAAAUCGAAUGCAGCAAUUAUAGAAAGCUUUUUGUAUUGACUCAAGACGUGUUUUGAAUAAACAUUAUGUCUUCAUG